UUACAGAUCUGUCAACACAGAGCACCAACCUGUUGCACCAGAAAGAUGGAAGAAAGCUACCAGGCAGCUGUCCGACGGGAGAGGACGCAGAGCAUCCAGGCGCUGAAUUUUGAACUGAAGUACAUGAUUGUUGGUCAUAUCACAGCUUUUCAAGAGGCCUUUGAGUCUUUGCUUCGCUUUGCUGAGAACCGCACGAGUUCCCUGUUUGAGACAGCUUACAGACCCGUGGCAAAAGAAGCAGCGGAGCCUGUGAAAGAACUCUUUACAGACAUCUCUCUCUACCUUCUGGGCGCGGAGACUACAGUGGAAAGCGCAGCGUUGCGGUUCUUUGACAGCCUCUUUCCUCUGGUGUACAGUCGGCUGAUAAACCCCGGCAUUACGGAUUUAUCGGAGGACUAUACGGAGUGCCUCCGGCUGACAAGGCAAGACAUAAAUCCGUUUGGACGCUAUUCGAAAAACUUGGUUGCAGAGCUGUCAAAGUCUCUCUGGGCGAGUAGGAUGUUCAGCCAGGCCCUCAGCCUGGGCAUCGAAGUGAUAAAUACCACUGAGCACGCCGCGCUCUCGAAGGAGUGCGGCAGAGCCCUGGUGAAGAUGCAGUACUGCCCGCACUGCCAGGGCCUGACGCUGAUCAGGCCCUGCGUCGGGUAUUGUCUCAACGUGAUGAGGGGCUGCCUGGCCAGCGUGUCGGAACUGGAUGCGCAGUGGCGGGAGUACAUCUCCGUGCUGGAGUACCUGGCGAACGAAAUGGCUGCCUCCCACGAGCUGGAAGUGGCGCUGACGGGAAUCCGGAACUCGGUCAACGAAGCCAUCCUGCACGCUCAGCUGAACGGGCCGCAGCUCUCUGCCACCGUUGAUAAAGUGUGUGGACAGCCCAAACGACAAGAAGGGAACCUGUCGUCAGCCAGCGUAGUGCCAGCGAAGGAGGUGACCGAAGCCCAGAGAUUCGUGGUGGCUCACGCUACUCUGAACAGUAAAAGAAGUUCUCUGCCUCUGAAAGCUUCAAAGAAUGACAAAUCAAGAAGUUUGAAAAAAAUCUCUCGAGAGUUCAUCAGUUACAUGAAGCGAUCCCGAACCUUUUAUGCCUCUAUAGCGGAGCGGCUGUGUGAUGGGGACCUGGUGAUGAGAGACAGCUCGACCUGCUGGAACGGGGAGGACGUCGUGGAAAGUUACACCAGCAGAGUUGUUGCCAACGGACUGAAGGCACAAAUCAAUAAUCCAGAACUGAAAGUCAGGGGACUGGACCCGCUCAUCAGCAAUUUAAUUGAGAAACUUCAGCACUUUAAUCGACUGGAUGCUGACAAGGCGAAAUUAAAACUGGAAAGAUGGGCUUCCCGAGAUGCUGGCAGCGGGGGUGGAAGAACUGAAGAGAUGGAGUCAAGCGGGGACUGUGAUGACGAGGAUGGCUGUCAAGGAUCCGGCGACAGGAUUCACACGGCAGAUAUACUCAAGGACAAGAAAACCCAUCCAGAAAACAGGAACAAGCCAAAACCAACUGUGAAAAAGAUUGACACCACAACCACCACAAGCACUGUCAAGUCAUCCUCUAAACACAGUGUAACUGGAAAGGGGAGCAGUCCAGCCCCGAGUUCCUCACUUCUCAUUUUAACAGCCCUAGCAGUUCUGUGGCGUUGUCCGCCGUAG